AUGGAAGGCCUGGCUUGGCCGACCUACGCACUGGGAUGGCAAGCCCGCCAAGCCAGCGCUGAAUGGCUGAAGCCGUCGACAGCCUGCUUGGCCAUCUCGGCCCAGAAAUUCAAGACCCGGAAGAAGGCUAAAGCCUUCCUGCUCUUCUCCCAGAGCAUCCCCUCCCAGAAUGAGCUCGGCAUCAUCGACCCGAAAGCCCCGACCCUGGAGCUCACCGUCAACGGCCAUGACCUGACCAUAACCCAAUCCCCCAGUGUCCUGUCCUCCAACAGGGCUGGCGGGACAACAGGGGCAGUUGUGUGGAAGGUGACGCCCAUGUUCGCCGAAUGGCUGGCCUCGCCGACAAACAUCUUCGCCCGGGCGGGCGUGCUCUCCACGUCGUCGACGGUCCUCGAGCUCGGCUGCGGCGUCUCGGCCCUGGUCGGCCUCGCCCUCGGGCCGCUGGUGGCGCGCUACGUCCUGUCGGACCAGCCCUACGUCGCGAGGUUCGUGGAGCAGAACCUGGGCCAGAACCGGAGGGCAGCAGGAGGAGGGGGCCGGCCGGUGGCCAGGCCGUCCGGCAAGCGCGGAAGGGGCAGGGGCAGGCCCCACCCGGGCGCCUUGUCGCCGUCAUCGUCAUCAUCAUCGCCAGGUGCUGCUGCUGCAGCAGCAGCAGGCGGGGCGGCCGGGAGCGUCGCCUUCCACCCCCUGGACUGGGAGGCCGACACCCCGACGCACACGCUCACGGGCCGCGAGGACGCGCGGUCCUUCGACCUCGUCCUGGGCUGCGACUGCGUCUACAAUGAGGCGCUGAUCCCGCCCUUCGUGCAGACGUGCCUGGACGUGUGCGAGCUGCGGUCCGCUGAAGGCAGCCUCGAGGCGGCGCCGGCGGGGCGGCCGCCGUGCUUGUGCGUGGUCGCGCAGCAGCUUCGGGACCCGGAGAUCUUCGAGGCCUGGCUGAGGGAGUUCUGCGCAAGGGGGUUCCGGGCCUGGAGGAUUUCGGACACGGAGCUGCCGGAGGGGUUGAGGAGCAGCGAUGGGUUUGUAAUCCAUGUUGGUGUUCUGCAGUGA